AUGUUGGGGUUUGAGAUCGAGCUGCAUUUUACCAGUGGUCCACGAUUGGGGAAUGUUAUCAAGGUUCCAAAUGGAAAGAUGAUAUCGAUCGGCAGAUCAAGAAAGAACGACAUCUGCAUACUUCAGGAUGAGAUGGUUUCGAGGAGUCAUGGUCAGAUUCGCUACAAGGAUAGAAGAUUCUGGCUAACGGACCUCGGGAGUAUCAAUGGCACAUUUAUUCGACAGAAAGGGGUACAGCGAGCAUUGACGAAAGAAGCUCCUGUACAGCUGGAGUUGAGGGAUGAAGUUGAAAUGGGAAACUCCAUCUUUGUCGUUGAACUAGCACAUCCUUCGCCCCUUGAUGGAUCAGAGGCAACGACACCACAAGAGAAGAUGGCUGGGGGAGACGGAAGCUCUCAUGAUCAGUUUGGUCAGGAGCAGUACAGUCCGUAG